UUUAGAACUACAAGUUUUGGACAUGUGUGAUGUAAAUCUUUUGAAGAGUUUCAUGAGAAUUGUAUUGCAAUUACAAUUAGAAAAAGCUUUGGUCAUAUAUUUUAGGAGUGUUUCUUAUGAAUUG